GUGGCGUUUACCCAGCACCGCCCUCCAGGCUCGAAGCUCCGGUCUACCAUGGCUCCCAAAGGCGGCUCCAAGCAGCAGUCCGAGGAGGAUUUGCUUCUGCAGGAUUUCAGCCGGAACCUCUCGGCCAAGUCCUCCGCUCUCUUCUUCGGGAAUGCCUUUAUCGUGUCCGCCAUCCCCAUCUGGUUAUAUUGGCGAAUAUGGCAUAUGGAUCUUAUUCAGUCUGCUGUUCUCUAUAGUGUGAUGACCCUAGUAAGCACUUAUUUGGUAGCCUUUGCAUACAAAAAUGUGAAAUUUGUUCUCAAACACAAAGUAGCACAGAAGAGGGAGGAUGCUGUUUCCAAAGAAGUGACUCGAAAACUUUCCGAAGCUGAUAACAGAAAGAUGUCUCGAAAGGAAAAAGAUGAAAGAAUCUUGUGGAAGAAGAACGAAGUUGCUGAUUAUGAAGCUACAACAUUUUCCAUCUUCUAUAACAACACCCUCUUCCUGGUCUUGGUCAUUGUUGCUUCCUUCUUUAUACUGAAGAACUUCAACCCUACAGUGAAUUAUAUUUUGUCCAUAAGCGCUUCAUCAGGCCUCAUCGCCCUCCUGUCUACUGGCUCCAAGUAGACCGUACUGGCUUUGCCCCCUGGCUGUGUAUCUACGGGUUGCCUGUGGUAUAUGGCAACAUAGCAGGGUGGUCAGGGUGAGAGACCCAGAUGUUUUUAUAGUCUGCAGUUGGAGGGUUUGAAAAACCCAACAAAAUGUAAUUCAGUAUUUGUUUAUUGGCUCUUUUUUUGACAGACUGUUGAAAUUAAAUGAAUUGAAAGGGAAACUCAGAGUGCCAGGACAUUUAUUAAAAGGU